AUGGAGCACAAUGAGUAGGGCUGAGGGGGACAGGGCAGUGGGAGUUGGCAGGUGAUCUCUGCGCUGUGGUGUUUGGGUGAAGGGGUUCAGACCAAGUCCCAGAGAUGCCCUCAAACAAGUCAGUGUCUGAUGCCCCCAUCACCCAGUUUAGGAACUGCAGGAUCUUGAGGGACCAUCAGUUGCAGAGAGAAGACCUUUGGGUGCGAGAAGGAAAGAUUCUAAACCCCGAGAAGCUGUUCUUCGAUGAGAAGGCAUCAGCUGAUGUCCAGGUGGACUGUCAGGGCAGGAUCGUCGCCCCGGGGUUCAUCGACGUCCAGAUCAACGGAGGAUUUGGUGUUGAUUUUUCCCAAGCAAAUGAUGAUGUAGGAGAAGGCAUUUCUCUCGUUGGUGGGAAAAUAUUGUGUCAUGGUGUGACUUCCUUCUGUCCCACUCUCGUGACUUCUCCCUCAUCGGUCUACCACAAGGUUCUUCCCCAGAUCUCUGUGAAGGAUGGUGGCCCGGACGGAGCGAGUGUGCUCGGUGUCCACUUGGAGGGUCCGUACAUCAGUCGGGAGAAGAAGGGAGCCCACCCUGAGCGUUGUUUACGCUCUUUCAGUGAAAGAGGAUUCCCAGAGCUUUUGGCCACGUAUGGGACCUUGGACAACGUCAACAUAUUGACGCUGGCCCCUGAAAUGCAGAGGAGUGAGGAGGUCAUUAGAGGACUGGUACAGCGAGGGAUAUGCGUGUCGCUUGGUCACUCCAUAGCUAAUUUAUCCCAGGCUGAGGAUGCAGUGACCCACGGAGCUUCGUUUAUCACUCACCUCUUCAACGCCAUGCUGCCGUUCCACCACCGUGACCCAGGCAUUGUGGGAUUACUGACCAGCGAUCGCAUUCCGGCGGGAAGGACGGUUUAUUACGGAAUGAUCGCGGAUGGAAUCCACACUAAUCCGGCAGCGCUGAGGAUAGCGCAUCGCGCCCACCCCGGGGGUCUAGUUCUGGUAACAGAUGCCAUCAUGGCCAUGGGCCUGGGCCCGGGGAAACACAUGCUUGGUCAGCAGGAGAUUCUCAUCAAUGGGCUCAAUGCAUAUGUAGCAGGAACACAGACUUUGGCUGGGAGCAUCGCCACGAUGGAUAUGUGUGUGAGACACUUCCGCGAGGCCACAGGAUGUACAGUAGAGGAAGCCUUAGAAGCCGCAUCCCUGCAUCCAGCGCAAACUCUGGGUAUCCAGCAUCGGAAGGGGACCCUGAAUUUUGGGGCAGAUGCAGAUUUUGUGCUUCUGGAUGACCGUCUGAAUGUUAAUGCCACCUACAUCGCAGGACAGGCUGUUUGGGAAGAGACAAGCUCUAGUUAAGUUGCUACAAACCAGAGGCCAUAUAACACGAGCAUCAUUCUGCUGCUGUGCCUUAACCCCGGGCCGCUUGGAAUACAUCCACCCAAAAUCCCUUAAAGUGACCACGUGAUUUCCCAAAAGUGGAUUAUCACGCCGGAGAUCUGUGGGUAGUUCUCCGGUGCGUUACUCGCUGUGACGCGUGUUCUGUACGGGAACAGUCUUUUGACCAUUCCAUUCUUGUAAUGAUAACUACAGAGCCAUUUAAACUUAUGCCGCUUGCAUUCCACCUUAAAUGCAUUUCGUGAGA